AUGGAAACUUUGGAAAAGCGCCUUUAUGAUGCCUUUAAGUAUUUUCAAGGCUAUGACCGCUCAAGCUCAGCAGAAUAUUGCCUGUCUGCUUACGGGAUUGAAGAAGUGCUUAAAUCAAUUUACCACGACAGAAUCUAUAUUGCAGGAGUAGAUGCUCCUUUAAAUCACUCUCCCGCCUCUUCCAAUGAAAUAAAUGGUGUGUUAGUUUGUAUGGCGAAAAUCGAAGACAUAGUCAGGGUUAAUCGUCAAGAGCUAGAGAAGCCUAUUGUUUCUUUUUGGCAAAUCAAUAUAAGUGACGAAAAUGCAUCUCAGAGAGGUCAUCAAGCUCAAGAAAAUUAUAUAUGGCAAUUAAUGGUAAUUAUUCCCAAAAACUAUACAAAUUUUGAUGGAGAGUCUUUUUCUAAUGCCUCUGAAUUAGUUUAUAUGGUCGAUUCAUCUGGGAAUAAUUAUAAAAUGCCAGCUUUGUUAAAAUUUCUGUUGAAAACAAAAAUUUCAUAUACAGAGUCUAAUGGGAGAUCAAAUACUUUUGGAGGAUUUUUCCCAUCAGCUAUAAUAUUUGAUACACUAAACAUUAAGCAGCACAAGAAUCCCUCCCAAAGCUGACUAUGGCUGAUAUUCAAUACAGUAAUGCUGAUUUCCUCAGGAAAUUGUAGCUAUUUAAAUGAAUUUUCAAAUCUUGACGUGCACUGAACUAAUAAAAUAUUAGCUAUUCUCGAAGAUUUAAGCAUCGAUUUUGCUAAGUGGGUAGAAAAUUCAAAAUUUAUUAUUAGUUCUGAAAGGAUAAACAUGAUACAAAACGCAAUUUUUACCGAGAUUCAUUCAAAGGUGUCAUCAUGGAUAAUUUUAGAAGAUCAAGCAAGCUUUUUAGCAAACAAUUUGAGCAUAAGUCAAUUGUGUAUAUUAUUAGAGUUACAAAACAAUAGCAAAGAGGAUGAUGCUAUCCAAUUUAUCGACUCAUUAAGGAAAAGCCAAGAAUUAGAUUCAGAUCUAUUGAAAACUCCAAUUCCCACAAGUAUAAAUGAAGUUGAAUCGCCUCCGACGCCCCAUUGAAUAAUUAAGGUAAAACCAAAUUGUUCAUUUAAUCCUUCAAGUGCAAAUUUUAAACAUAUAGUCGACAACGGCAAUAUUUAUGUGGACAAAACUAUUUUUAUAAAGACAAUUUUAGAAGACUCUAGCUCUGUAACCGCUAUUAUUCGGCCAAGAUGUUGGGGCAAAUCACUGAACAUGAGCAUGCUCCAAGCAUUUCUAAAUCCUCAGAGAGGCAAGUCUGAAGAAUUCUCAAACUUAUACUUAUUUACAGGGGAAAGAAAUAAUACUAAUUUGGGCAACUUAGAUAAUGAAAAGUGCAAAAAAAUUAUGAAAAUAGAUGAUGGUAAAUAUAGAAAUUUUGCAGGAACAAUUCCUACUAUUUUAUUUCCAUUUCCCGAGAUUAAUCCUUCAAAUACUGAAAUGCAUGAAGAAAUCAAGACUGCAAUAGGAAAAACAUUACAGCAGCAUGUUUCCUCAUAUCGACAAUAUUUAGAAGGAAAAAUAAUUCAUUCUUCAAUCAGUAAUCUGACACUUCAAGAUUUGGAAAAAAUUAUUGAUCAGGCAAAAUUAGAUUUACCUAUGGAAAUGAAGUUAUUUAGACUUUAUCUAUCAGAUAGAUCUGAAAUAAAUAUAUAUACAGCAUUGAAUGAUCUAGCUACCAUGCUGUAUAUGAUUCAUGAAAAGCAGGUUAUUGUAAUUAUAGAUGACUACGAUAGUAAUUAUAAACGGGCAGAGGUAAAUACAGAGCAAAGACAAGAAGCUACAUUGAUUUUAAGAUAUAUGCUUAAUCCACUAGUUUGUACAAUCAAUGCAUAUAUUAGGAAAAUAAUUGUAGCUGGAGUUUAUUAUGAUCCGCUACUUGAUAUAUUUUCUGAUCAAUGUUUUACUCCUUUUACGGUUUUAGAUGAUUUUUACUCUGAAUUUUUUGGUUUUACUGAAUCCGAAGUUGAUGAAUUACUUGAGCAUUAUUUGGCACAAGACUCGCAUACAAAUAUAGUUGAGCAGAAAAAAUUGAUAAAGCAAUGAUAUGAUGGUUAUAGAGUUGGAAGACAAAAAAUUUACAACCCAUUUUCAAUAAUAAGUUGCUUAUCAAGUGCUUCGAAGCAUAAUGCAACACCUCUUAAAACAUAUUGGCAUAAUAAAAAAGACCAAAAGCUUUUCACUUCAGUAUUCAAUACUAUUGACUCUCAUAAUAAAAUAUUUGAAAUAAUGAAAUCUGGGUAUCUUGUUUUAGACAAGCCAUUAAGUCAAGACACAACAAUUGAAGAUAAUGUUUGUGUGCUAUUACUUCAUGCUGGAUACUUGACACCCUAUGAAAAUAAGCCAAAAAACUCAAUCUAUGUAGUCCCUAAUAAAGAAAUAAGAAGAUAUUUUUAUGAAAAAUUAUUUGUUUCAUGGAUCAAUAAAGAAGGGAACAAUUAUAAUACUAAUCCUUUUAUGUGAAUGAAUAAUUAUAUUGGCUGCUUAGAAGAUAAAGAACAGCUUCAAAAUCUUAUUCAAACCGAUCUACUAGACAAGAUAAAAGACCGUAGCAGUAAAAAUGAGGCUUUUUUCCAAACUUAUACAGGAGGAAUAGCUCUUAUAGCAUUAGAGCAAGCACCAAAGCCUAAAUAUAAAUUGUAUAUAGAGGCAACUAAUAAGUUUAACAAAAAAACUGAUGGAAUUUUUAUUCCAAAUCAAGGAGAAUCCUCUACCAUCAUUAUUCAUGAACUUAAAAAAUUAGAAUCAGCUUACGAUGAUAAAGUUCAGGAAAGAGCUGAUGAUGCUCUUUGACAGAUCUACUCCAAGAAAUAUAUGGAUAUUGCCUUACGAGAGAAAUAUAGUCAUUUCCGUAGAGUGAUUAUUCGAGGUAUUGUGUUUUACAGAAACCCUCCUGAGGGAAAUUGGAAAGUAUUCAUUAAGGAAAAUAAAUUUAAUUUUCACGAUGCUAAAGAGAUUGAUAAACACUUUAGCACGACAAAUGGAAAAAUACUGGUCCUAUCUUCAGUACUGUGUAGAGAUAAAGGCAGUGCAGAAUCCACAGAAAAGGCAAGGGAUAUACUUGGCGGGAGAAAUAUUAGUGAAUUAAUCGAAAAAAUUAUAAGGAAAGACUCAAGUUUAGCUGAUAUGGACAGAACAUAUCAAGCAGACACAUUAAAAAGAAAAUAUGACUCAGGAGAUGAAGGAACCAAAAGGGAAAAAAAAUAA